ACAUGCUAAUUCGGUAAUUUAUAUUUUUGAUUUUUUUUAUUAUAAACCCAUUUUUACCUUCAUUUAAUAAAAUUAUGUAACACCGCAAAAUAUUUCAGACUCUUGUACUUUGAUAAAAAUAAAAUAGACAAUGGAAAUAACAAAACAAAAUUUUGUUGAACAAUUACCGAAUAUAACUAAAGAUUUAAAGCGUUCGUGUUUUGUUGGUUUUGAUGCCGAGUUUACUGCUAUUUUAUCGGAUGAAAAGUUCAAAUACAGAUUGUUUGAUACCAAUGAAAAGCGAUAUGAUAAUAUAAAAACUGAACUUAGUAAAAUUAUAAUGACUCAAGUCGGUCUAACGAUGUUCCAAUAUGAACGAGAUCUGGACACAUAUGUGGCUGUUGGCUAUACAUUCCACCUUUGCCCGCAAAUGGUUGGUGAUGUACACCAGUCAUUUGUUUUCCAAGCAUCUACACUAAAUUUCCUAUGUAAGCACAAAUUUGAUUUUAAUAAGUUUAUUUAUGAAGGGCUUCCAUAUCUAAGUAAAGCUGAAGAGGAACAUAUUCGUCAGCAGUUGACAGAUGGAACACUUUUCAGCAACCUGUCUCGGAUGAUAGAUAUAGGUGAAGAGAAAGAAGUACAGCAAUACUGUUCUGAAGUGGCUAAAUGGCUUAUCAAUAGUACAGAUGAAACAAUUUACCUAGAUAUAAAAAAUCCUAUCUUGAGGUAUAUUGUUCACAAUGAAUUAAGAAUACGAUUCCCAGAUGUUCUCACUACGGAUAGUUUAGGUAAUAGUAAUAAGGUAUUGAUUUACAGAGAUAAAAAUGUAAUAUCUGCAACCAGUGCGUCUGCAACUGUAUUAGAAGAAAAUUUAUUAAGUCACUUAUUAGGAUUCUCACAAAUUAUCCACUUGCUGGUGAGCUACCAGAAACCCAUAAUUGGCCACAAUAUAUUUCUGGAUAUUGUGCUACUUCACAAUCAGUUUAUAGGACCAUUGCCUAACAACUAUUCUACUUUUAAGAAAAACAUUACAGCAAUGUUUCCUAUAAUUUUUGAUACUAAAUAUAUAUCAUAUGAAAUGGCCAAGAUGUUGACCUUUAAUGAAGUUUGGAAAACAAAUACACUCCAAGAUUUAUAUGAAUUCUUCGCACAAGGCAAAUGUAAAAAGUUAGAAAAUGGAGUUAACCUUAUAAGACUGAGCACGCCAUUUGGAGAAAAACAAUCUUUCCAUGAAGCUGGUUGGGACUCUUACUGUUCAGGUUACUGUUUCAUCCGCCUGGGCCAUUGGGCGGCUUGUGAAAAUAGCGGUGUGUACCGGCCGGUCGGACCUAGAGAAAAACUUGCCGCACUAGCGCCUUAUUGCAAUAAAGUGAACGUCAUACGAGGUGCAGUGCCAUAUAUGAAUCUAACAAGAGAGGACCCUCCAAGUCACCGCCCAAAAUUGCUACACGUUAAGUCAAUAAAGGAACGCGCAAUUGAUGUAGGAAAGGUGGCGACUGUCCUCUCUGGUUUUGGUUCUAUUGAUAUAAAACCGUAUGGUAACCGGACAGCUCUUAUUGCAGCUGGAACUCAAUAUACUGCGGAGAAAAUCCUGAAGCAGUUCAAAGACAGUAAAGAAUACAGAAUAUCAUUCUUCAGCGUGUACAGACAUGCGCCAGCGAGUCGCGCCGUAAUAUGGGGUGGCGCAUUACUGACAGGAAGUAUAGUUAUAUUUUUAUUUCAUAAGAGAGUAAAAUAGUGUAUGUUGAUCUCAUAGCUAAUUAUUGAAAUAAGCAAUCACAGUAGUUACUACUUUGAUUAGCCAAUACUGAGCAAUAAAUGCUAGUUGUUUUGU